AUGUACAUAUAUAAAUUUCUUGUGUUUCAAAUACAACAAAGAUUCACUAAGUCUAUUUGCCAUCAUCUCUGUGAUCGGAGUCUACGUUCUCUGGGAACGUCUAUCCAGUUUCCCCCGAAGCUUUGGACUUGCCCCUCACAGUUCUUCGUCUCUUACAAAACAUUCUGCUCGACAACUCUUGACCAACGCAUCUCUAUCGCAACCAUGACUACUUCGCCUCCCUCCACUCCGCCAUUCAGGACCAUACUAGAUGAUGAACGGAGAUUCAAAACGAUUAGAUUGCCCUGUGAGUGGGUGGAGGAUUAUCGGCCAGGAGGUUAUCAUCCAGUCAUUCUCGGCGACGUCCUCAACAGCCAGUACAAGGUCAUCCGGAAGCUUGGCGAGGGCUCCUACUCAACUGUUUGGCUCGCCCAUGACCUGAGAAAUAAUGGAUAUGUCGCUCUGAAGAUCCUUGUGUCGGAGACUUCGAAUUCUACAAACGAACUACGAAUAUUACGCCAUAUCAUCGAAGUCGCACCAGUAGGAGGGACCCGAUAUGUCACGCGACUGCUAGAUGAGUUCGAAAUCCGCGGGCCUAACGGUGUCCAUAAUUGUCUGGCAUUUGAGCCUAUGGGACCGAGUGUCAAUACGAUGGUCGAGGAGCUGCCACAAUUCAAACCUCGUAAGCGAGAAAUGAGAGUCCGUUAUCCGCUUCGGAUGGCAAAGAGUAUCCUUAAGCAAUCAUUGCUGGCACUUGCAUUUCUCCACGAAAAUGGUAUCGCCCAUGGAGACUUCCAGCCGGGAAACAUACUCUUCACUCUUGACGAUAUCGACUCGACCCCCGAGAACUUGCUCCUACAAAAGAAAGAUGUGCAAUCCCGGUCGAUCUCGUCCCCGGUACAGAGGCAGGACGGUAAACAAGAUAAAUGGGCCCCUCAAUAUCUUUGCGUUGCGCAGCCACUGGUUCCUUUUACCUGCUACGCCGAAGGGUUUAAGGUCAAAUUAUCCGAUAUGGGUGGUGCAUAUUUAUUUACCGACCCACCAACAAAGCUUGUUACUCCCGUCGGUCUUCGAGCCCCCGAAUUGAUACUUACCGGAGCGGUCGACAACACCGUUGACAUCUGGAGCUUCGGCUGCCUUAUCUUCGAACUUAUCACCGGACAGCCACUUUUCUGUAUACCAUAUUCCGGCAUGGAAGAUGACGAUCAUCUUCUGUCCCUCGCCGCCCAGCUCGGUGCGCUUCCCGACGAAUUAUUCAAGUAUUGGACGACUUCGUCUCUCUACUUUACGCCCGAGAGGAAGCUCUUUAAUUGUCAGCUUGGAGGAGUCGCUCCCGGGGAGGAACCGCUUAUGGUGGAGCAGACGUCCAUGGAAGAGUGCUUCGAUCGAGCAGGCCCGGAUCUCGAGGAAGAAGAAGCCAAAAAAGUGAAGGCACUCAUUCGAUGGAUAUUGCAAUAUGAUCCCGCGAAGAGACCUUCGCCUACGAAAAUCUUAUCUGAUCCAUGGUUCUGCGAGAUUGAUGUUGAGAGCGACUAG